AUGGCGGAGGUACAGUUAAAUCACGAAUCAAUUUAUCAACGGGAAGAUAUUGAUUAUUAUAGACCAGUUAAAGUAAAACAAAAAGGUUAUUUAUUAUUCAAUGGUGAUCCCAACACCAUUUCGUUCAAAGCAUUCAAGUUAGGUUUAUCAGUUAUGUAUGAUAAUAAAUAUAAUGCAAAACAAAUUAUUUCCCAUCUCGAUAAAAGGCCAUUAGAAACAUUUUUAAAUUUUUAUUCCAUUGGAGGAUCAGCCGAAACCGCUUUAAAUAAUUUAGAAACCUUAUACGCACCCGUAGAAGAAGCUCCAAUCAGUAAAUUAUUAAAUUUUUAUAAAAGAAAAUUUUCAAAUUUUGAAGAAUUAAUAUUAGAAUUCAAUCAAGUAGAGUGUGUAUGUGUAGAUGUACCAGUUCCAGUUAAAGUCGAUUUAUUUAUUAAAUCUCUACCUGAUACAAUAAGAUUAGAUAUAAUUAAAACUGCUCCUAAAACUUUGAAAAUUGCCUAUGAAAAUGUCAGACAGAUUUCUAGAGCAACAGAAGAAUAUUAUGGUUAUUCAUUAAUACAAGGAAUCAAUCAAUCUCAAUCACUACCACCAUCUUUUAGACCAGAAAAUACAAUUAAAACUAGUUUGCAGUUAUCUAGUCCAUCAUCAUCUAUGUCAAAUUUUUCAAAUAAUAAUAGUUCCACAUCUUCAGUUAACGCUAUAAAUUUUAAAAAAAAUUCAAAUGUUAUUUGUCAUUAUUGUAGAAAGCCAGGCCAUGUAGUAAAUGAUUGUAGUAAAUUAAAGAAUAAAAAAGAAAAAGAGAUUGAGCAAAGUAAAAAAGAAAAUUUCAGUCAACCUCAAUCAGUUAAUGCAAUCAAUUGUAAAUUAGAAAUAAAUAAUAAUGUUAAUUCAAUUUUAGAAAAUCAAUUAAAAAAAAAUCCAACAGAAUUUAGAAAUUUAGUUAAAGAAAAUUUAGUUAUAGAAAAUAUUAGUGAAUUUGUUCCAGUUCAAGUUAUAGUUAAAGAAAAAGAAAGUUUAUUAGCUGGAAAUAUUAGUAAAAUCAUUCCUUAUGAAAAAGAAAUAAUCGAAGAAAAAAUUGAAGAUAAGUUAGAAAAAGAAAUUAUAGCCACCACAAAUAAUAAAUUAGUUUUAGUUCCAGAAGUAGAUAAGGCUAUAAAUUGUAUAAAUUUUAAACCAUUAAAUGUUAUUCCAAAGAAAGAAAGUAUUAAAUUUACAAAUUUCAAUUCACAUUUUAGUCUUGACGGAUAUCUUAGUAUACCUUUUGGUUUAGUCAAUUUUUUAUCAAUUUGUCAAAGUAAAAUUCAGUUAUCAAAUCAUCACGCAAUGCAUCUCAAGUUUGUUUUUGGUAUUUUAAGAGAUGCUGCUAUAAAAUUAAAAUUAGAAAAAUAUGAAAUCGCUCGGAAAGAAAUUAAAUUUUUAGAUUACAAAAUUUCAGAAAAAGGUGUAUCUAAUGAUGGUAAUAAACAUUCAAAUCUCUUAAAAACUCCUGUACCAUCAAGUAAAAAACAAUUAACACCAUUUGUAGAUCUUUUCAAACAUCAAUAUGAAAUUAUUUAUAGUCCUAGUAAAGUCAAUUAUUUUAUAAAUUUAUCAAGAAUUCAACAUUUAGCUUAUGGUAAAGAACUUGUGUUAAAUAAUAAGCAAUCAGUUAUGGAAAAUCAAAAUAAUAAUUUAUUAUAUAAUAAUAAUAAUGAAUAUUUAACAACUAACGAAAAAAAUAAUGAAUAUUCAAAAUUUAGAAAUCAAGGUCAAUUAAAGUUGUCAAUAAUCGAUAUCUCUUCAUCAAGUCAACAAGAAUUAGAUCCAAUAAUAAAUAAACUUUUAGAAAUGUACUAUUCAAUAACAAAUAAGAAACCUUUAAGUUAUCAUUUAAUAUCUAAAGAAAAAUGGACAGAAAGUAAUUACCCAAAGCAAGAAAUAUACUCAUUAGAUAAAGCUGAAAUACAAACAUUCUCAUGUAAUAGUUAUAAUACCGAUACGUUAAAUCAUUUUAAUCAAGAAUAUUUUAAAGUAGUAAAAGGAAAAUUUAGUAAAGCUCCUAGUUUGUUAGUACCAUUUGAAGUUAAGUCAGAAACAUUUGCAUCUAUUGGAAAAGAUUUUAUAGGUCCGAGAAUCAGAAAAAUUUUAGAGAAAAUUUUUUUAAUUAUGGUAUUUGUUUUAAAGGGGGGCAUAUGUGAUAUAACAACAAUUCUAAAAUCAAUUCAAAUUUAUUAUAAUAAUUAUAAACAUAUAUCACAUUUAUUAGAAAAAGACAAACAUAUAUUAUUUUAUAAUUAUCAACAAAUUUAG